AUGCAACCAGAGGUGGAAGACCUGGGCCAGGGAGCCUGCUGUAAGGAAGGAGGGCGCCUCAAUACAAUAACCAUUGAAUUAAUUGAAGGAAGGACAUAUAAACAAGGUUCUGCCCAAGGGAUAUACCCUAAGUAUGUUAUGCUGGCGACACAAUAA